CUCGGCUCCCGUACUGGAACCCCUAACUGUGGCCGUUGGUCAUCAACCCUUCUCCUUCCCUCCCCCCAGGCAUGGCUUUACUGAUCCGCCACCCCCAGGAUGCGGCGGAGCAAACCGCCACGCACACCCGGAGGAGUUUCCAGCCGUCUUGGAGCCGCGGUGGCGCGGGGAGCCGGCGGGCCGCCCAGCUCGCCGCGCCGGGGCUGCCCCCGGGGAAGCCCCCGCCGAGUCCCGGCCCGCGGGGGCGGGGCCCGCGGCUCGGCCUCCCAUUGGCUGCCGUCCGCAACCACCUGCCGGCCGGCGGGCGGCGGGGCCGGAGCGGGGACCUGGCGGCGCCCGGCGGGCAGCGCAGGAGCCGGCCUGGCGGGGCUCGGCCGGUGGGUCCCCCUGCUCCUGUGCCUGCUGCAGUCCACUCAAGGGAGGCCCCAUCUGGCUCCUCCUCAGAACGUGACGCUGCUCUCCCGGAACUUCAGUGUGUACCUGACAUGGCUCCCAGGGCCUGGCUACUCCCAGAAUGUGACCUAUUUUGUGGCCUACCAAAGCGCUCCGACCCCCAGACGGUGGCGAAAAGUGAACCAGUGUGCGGGAACCAAAGAGCUGGCCUGUUCUCUGAUGUGCCUGGAGAAACAAGACCUGUACAACAAGUUCAAGGGGCGUGUGUGGGCAGUUUCUACCGGCUCCAGGUCCCCCCCGGUGGAGUCCAAGUACCUGGAUUACCUUUUUGACGUGGAGCCAGCCCCACCCGUCCUGGUAGUCACCCGGAAGGAGGAGAUUCUGAGCAUCAAUGCCACAUAUCAGCUGCCACACUGCAUGCCCCCACCGGAUCUGAAGUACGAGGUGGAUUUCUGGAAGGAGGGAACAAAGAAUAAGACACGAUUUCCAGCCACUCCCCGUGGCCAGCCAGUCCAGAUCCCCCUGCAGCCAGCCACCAGCGGACCCUACUGCCUCAGUGCCAGAACCAUCUACACCUUUGGUGAUCCUAAGUACAGUGGGUUCUCUAAGCCUACCUGCUUCUUCCUGGGGGCCCCAGGAGCCAACUGGGUAUUCCUGGGGUUGCUACUGCUUCUGCUUCCACUGCUGUUGGUCAUUGCCAUAGGCCAUGUGAUCUGGAGGAGGUUCACGGACAACCCCUGGUUUCAGCAGGCAAAGAUGCCCUGGGCCCUGGACUUUACUGGACACAGACGCCCCGUGGCAACCUUUCAGCCCUGUGGCCCUGAGUCCCCAGAUGCCUUGAUCCUCCGUCCCCAAAAGGAACUGGCCAGAAGGGUCAGGCCGAGCCCUAGUGUCAGGACCCCAGCCACCGUCCAGGCAGGAUCAGAGGAGGACAGUGCUGAGGAGGAGAAGGACGAUGAGGAGGACACAGAUGACGGUGUCAGCUUCCAGCCCUACAUUGAACCACCGCCCUUCCUGGGGCAGGACCACCGGACCCCGGGGCACUCGGAGGUGGGGGGCACCUGGACUCCUCCCAGCCAGGCCGAAGGCUCCUCGGCUGCGGAUGCUUCAGACAGAAGCGGGGCCAGCACUGGGGGCUCCUCUCCCCGGGAUGAGCCCGAGUCUUGUUGUUUAACCAAGAAGGGACCGGGCCAAGGGCCAGGUGGGGAUGGGUGUCAGGAGCCUCUCCUCCUCCACGAAUUCUCCCAGGACCUGAGUUUCCUGGAAGAUCCCCUGAAAGACAACCUUUCCUCCUGGACCACCUGCUUUUCAUCACCAGGGCUCAAUCUGGUCCCUGGGGAGCCCCCAGUUUCUCUUCACACACUGACCUUUUGCUGGGACAGCAGCCCUGAGGAGGAAGAGGAGGAGGAGGGGGAAGAAGAAGGAGGAGGAGGGGAGAGGGAAUCAGAAAUCGAGGGUGACGUUACUGGCAACUGGAGGGCUGAGAGCCUCCAGAAGGCUGAAGUCAGAGGCGGGACACUAGGGCAUUACAUGGCCAGGUAAGCUUUCUUCAGCAUCCCUCCAAGUCUAAGCUUUCCAAGGACCCAAGACGCCACCUGGACUUGAGAGCCUGGGCGCAUCCUGCCUGAGUCCAUAGAGGGCUCUUACGGCACUUUAGAAACCCCAGCCGCAGCAGCCACCCCAUCCUUUGACUCGCCGGCUUCGGGCCGAGCUCUAAGAAGGGUGAGGACAAGAAUGGGCCGAGGUCAGAGGCUGACUGGCUGUCACAUCACCCCACUGCCUUUGGGGUGACGGGGCAGUCAGAGAAAGCAUCCCUGGACAAUGUCAGAGGUCAGGUCACAGUAGACAACCAAGGGCUGACGCCACAAGGGACCAUCUGGAUCUGGGGGGAGGGAGGUUUGGAGCACAUCUUUAUGAGUGUCAUACCUUUCUCCAGCACCUGCUGAGCUCCCGCCGCCCCUGAGUCUCAGCCUCCUGGUUCAUGAGUCCUCUAGCGUGGGCCUCAGUGAAGAAAAACCCAGUAAGCAGGGGAUAGUCUCUGACUUACAGAAUUAACACAGCUUUUUUUUUUUUUUUUUUUUUUGAGAGAGAGAGAGAAAGGGAGAGAGAGAAUCCCAAGCAGGUUCUGCGCGGUCAGCACAGAGUCUGACCCGGGCUCACACUCACGAACUGUGAGAUCAUGACCUGAGCUCAAAUCAAGAGUCGGACGCUUAACCAACGAAGCCAACCGGGCGCCCCUCCGCAGCUUUUAUUAUCAGACAGACCUGGCUUCAAAUCCCAGCCAUGCCAUUUACCAGUCACGUGACUUUGACUAGCAGCAUUCACUUUUCUCUGGUCUCCCCUUCGUCUACCUCCUGCCCUCCACCUUCACUUCCUCUCUCCUCCUGGUCAGGAAACCUCACUCUCAGAAGUCCGAGCCCAGCCAACAAGGACCCGGAUCGCUCUCCCCUUUCCCAGAAAAGAACCAAGGGAUCCACCCUCCAAGGGGUCUGAUUUGUUGGGGGUGGGGUAACGACCCGUCAGAGAACUGGACUCCUGGGUCUGUGAUCCCUGUUUUAGACCGCACUUUAGACCUCUGGUUAUAAAGAAGUCCCAUUUUCCCUUCCAAUUAUGAGACUCGGUGUCUCCUGGAAGCAGGUAUGUUAGAAGGUGGCAGAGAGACGGUAAAGUAUCCCCCAAACCGAGAUGACGCUUUGAGGCCAGGAAACGAAGCAGGCGACUCCGUGCAGUUUUCACAGAGUUUUGUUCAGGGUAAUUUACUGAUGGGGCGUGGCGGGGGGAGGGGGCGUUGCUGGGGGGAGGAUAAGCCACGCAGCUGCAUCGGAAUUCUCUGCAAAAUCCAGACCUCAGCUUGCAGGUUUGAAAGGUCCAGGGGACACUCAGAAGGGCGUUGUAGUGAGAUCAGAGGGUUCGCCUGCACCUCAAAGGGCUUGCGUGCCCCUGGUUGACAGCUAGCCUUUAAUUAGAUCCUGUGCAUCAGGAAAGAGAAAGACUAUGUUCUCUCUAACGGAUUCGUGGGAGGCUAAAACAAGCCGCCCCCCAUCCCGGCCUUGGUGGGCAUUUCUAAGAUAUAUCUAUUAAUCUCCGAGGGCCCGGGACACAUAGUCCUGAGGAAGGUCGUGGAGCAGACAUGAACAGAUGGAGAGCCAAAGAUGGAGUCAGUGUUGUCAGCCCUCCUACAAGGUGACUAGCCUUACCCGGGGGGUAGCGACGGGUGUUCUCAAACAACUGCCUUGUUAACCUAUACCCACCAGGGUACGGGCGAGCAUAGCUGAGCGUUCGCCUAUAGGGACCAAGCUUUUUGUCAUUUUGUGGCUGAGCAUCCGAACAAUCAUGGCCCUGAGACCUGGGCCCUGCCGUGUAGCCAGAACUUACGUUUCGACGUUUGUGAAGAAAGCAUCUUUGUAGCCAUUUCACCCACACAAGCUUGUUGUUCUGAAGGCAACAAAAAGGCACGACAUUAAAUGAAGGAUCCGGGAAAGGGAAUCUGGUCUAGGGGUUCUCCAACCACGCUCCCAAACAGUCUUGGGUUUUAUGGGCGGAGGCUGCCAGGGACUACUGGACCCCCACGACAGCCAGAGCAGUCUCCCAGUGUCCCGCUCCACCCCAUGGCCUUCCGUGUGAGGCUGUGCUCGGUGGGGAGGGGGCUCCCCUGCUAAAGAAAAAGUUAGCACACUACUUGUUUGAUUGAAUACCUGUCUUUUGUUUCAAACAAAGAAAUGUGCUCUUACUAUAGAUGAGGUCUUUGGUCUCUGGCCAGCUGGGCCAACCCCUGUGCCCUUGGCCGCGUCAGUCUCAGCAAGGAUUUCCGAGGGGCACUGAACUGGCAAGAGGCCUUCACCACUGCUGGGGCUCCCACCUACGUGCACAUGCACGCACCCACACGUAUGCAUUUCUGCAGGAGUUAGGGCUUGUCCACAUCCCUGAGCACAGAGGAGGGAAAACACACUGAAAGCCACAGAGCUAGGGAAGGCUGUGGCUCAGGGCCAAGUCUUCAGGAAAAUGCCCAGACAGUUGCUAACUGACGUUCUUUCUGAGACCCAGCUGCUUCACGGAGGUAACUUCAAAAAACCAAAAGCCAUCAUCAGUAUUGUCUUGGGCUUCUGAGAAGGAACCAUUCGAUCCCUUUCCUUAAACCUUGCUGUUGUGUGUGUCGCGCGUGUGUGUUUUUAAGCCUUGUUAUUUUUUCAAGCAUUGUUUUCCAAGUUUCAUUUCUGAGAUAGGCCGAGCUUUUUUUAGUAAUUCUCAAUGCCAGCUCUUUUAGAGUCAUUAAGUCAUCAACAAAAAGCCAUAGGAAGCGUUAGGAGAGAGCAUGAUGUUCAGUAUAAUAAUUUGUUGGGCAUGCUCAGCACUCAACUGUUUACAGAGCCCUCAUGUACAGGGCAGCCGGAAAGUGCAUAGCGUUAGCCCCGGGGCCGCGGCCUCGGUUGAAGGUUAUGGGGGAGACGCCUUAUGCUAAAGCCACAUUGUAUUUCUUUAUUUUUUUAAGUGAAUAAAAAUUUGUUAAAUAAU